AUGGAGGUGGCCCGUGCGGCCUUCGCCCAGAACAACAGGGAAGAGUCGCGCCUGGUCCACUCGACUGGGAGUGCCCCCACCAUAUGCGAGCGUGGCCACAAAAGCCACGCGUUUCCCACCGAGUUGCGCAAGUUUGUGGAGGUGGCCGUCAAGGGCGGCAACCAAGGGGUGAUAUUCUGCUGCGUGCUGGCCACCGGGCUGGAGGCGCUGGGUGCUCCGGACGUCGGCCCUCAGUUUGCGCUGCCCUUCUGCCUCCUCACCCUCCUGGGCCUCGCCAUCACGCUCGGCUUUCUCGACUAUGCCAACAGGCAGGCCGAAAAGACGUUCGGGGAGAACGAACGAGAGCGCGAGAAAUGGGAAUGCGAGAACUACCUGGAGGGCGAGCAGAAGGAGAUGGUGGAGCUCUACGACGCUGAAACGGUGAUCCGGUUGCUGAGCAAAAACCAGGAGCUCUUCCUCGACAUCAUGAUGGCCGAAGAGCUGGGGAUCCUGCCGUACAGCGGGCUGCCGCCGCACCUGAGCGGACUGGUGACGGGGCUCGGCUUCUUUGUCAUCGGCGCCCUCCCGCUCGUCGCCUAUUCGCCGCCCCUCUCCUCCCUCGCCUUCGUCUCCGGCAUCUACGGCCACUCCUUCGGGCUAUUGCUCGCAGCGGCCGUCAUCCUUUUCGUCCUCGGCGGCAUCAAGAACUUCUACUGCAUCGACCUGGAGGCCUGGUGGAAGCAGGGCGUGCACAUGGUGGGCCUGCAGGCGGUGGUCGUCGCGACUGCCAUCGGCCUGGGCACCCUCCUGCAGACCUGCUCCCUCUUUCCGCACGGCAGCUGCCACCCGCUCCUCCAUCUCGCCUCCUCCUCCUCCUCCUCCAUCUCCUCGUGA